AUGGAGGUCGACUCCAACUCGCCAAAUGGUGCCCCUGAAUCGCGUCGCAAAUCUGGAAGAGUCGUGCACAAGCCAAACCUAUUCUCCCAAGAGCUCCAUGAGGGUAGUAUCCUCGCCAAUGGAUCUACCAAACGGAAACGAAUUUCGAGAGGGAGUGCCCCUGAACAACAUGAUGACGACGAUGACGAUGACGACUCUGAUGAUGACGACGACGAGGAGCAAAGUGAAGCCGAGCCUGAUGAGGAGGAGCUGAGGGCAAAUCGCAGAGUACAAAAACUAAAACGCCCGAGUGGAAAACCCGCCACCAAGAGAACGAAGACAACCAAUGGUUCAAGUACAACUCUGGCUAUUCGACCAGCAGACAAGAAAGGCACUGCCGCAGGAAAAGGUUCCAAGACACAAAAGGCGCGUGCCAGGCCUAGCCAGGCGCAUCAGCUAGGACUGUACGCAGAGGUAUUUGGAAAAGGACGGACCCCCGACGAUGCUGCUUCCGUAUGGUUUAAGUCGGCGCAAGCCGAUAAUGUCGGUGCAAUUCGGGAUCUCGUCAACUUCGUUCUACAGUGCAUUGGAUGUGACUCUAGGAUCGAAAACCAAGACAUUGAAGAUCUCGACUCUGUGCCUAGCAAGCUUGGAGAUGUCCUCCAGGAAUAUGAGCAACAAAAAUCGCCGGAUUACCCACUGAUAUCGAAGCACAAGCUGUAUGUCGGAUUCCAGAGCGUACUGGAAGAAUUCUUCAAUGCCGUUAUCAAAGCAUUGCAUAGCUCCUCUUACUUCUAUAAGCACCCAGAAUUGUACGACAACAUCCAUGUCUGGAUAGCCACCAUGUCCGGCUUGAACUACAAGUCUUUCAGGCACACCGCAACUAUUGUCUCACUGGCGAUGAGCACUGCUCUCUGCGAGGUCGCAGAAGAGAUACAGGGCACAAUGGUCACGCUGAAGACGCAAUUGGAUGCAGAAAAUAAGAAGAGAAGUGUCAACAAAGGACGAGUAAAGACCAUCGGGGAAAGUCAAAAGGCUGCCGAGGAAAUGCUCGAAGCUGUUGACAAUCAGCUGAGAGACGCUGUUGACACCGUAUUCGUUCACCGAUAUCGAGACGUGGAAGAACGAAUCCGAGCACCAUGUAUCGCGGCUCUCGGGAAUUGGAUCCUUCUUUAUCGUAAGAUGUUUCUGGAAGGUCAAUAUCUUCGAUACCUUGGAUGGGUGCUCAAUGACACCGCCGCCGCAACACGACUCGAGGACGUCAAGCAACUGAAGAAUCUUUUCAGGACCAAGAAGAUUGUUGGCGCAUUGAGAGCAUUCGCAGACCGAUUUCGACCUCGACUUGUCGAGAUGGGUGCCAGAGACGCCGAUGUGAAUGUUAGAGUUGAAGCAAUCGAAUUGUUAGAUAGCUUACGAGAUGCGGAAUUGCUUGAGCCUGACGAGGUCGACACCGUCGGGCGAUUGAUUCUCGACAACGAGCCACGUGUCCGAAAAGCGGUAGCUCGAUUCUUCGUCUCAAAUAUUGAGGAUUUUUACAUUGCGACCGUUGAGGAGUUUGAUGAAGCCCAGUAUCACGCAACGUUGUCUGAUGCCGCUGAUGUCGAUGAUUUUACCGUCCCGACACGACAAUGGAUCAAGUUCAAGUGCAUGGGAAGCAUUUUGGCCGCGCUGGACAGCGAUGAUGAGUCUCUCGACGGUCGCGAUGUGCAAUCACUACCGUUGGAUUUGUCCGACUCGAGAUAUGCACUUGCAACACAGGCGAUCUUUCCUUAUAUGGAAGACUUGCAGAACUGGGAAGGCCUUGCAGGGUAUCUUCUCUAUGAUCACUCAAUGAUUCCAGACCAUGGGGAUGAAGAUGACAUCAACUAUCAAGUCCAACAGGCCUACAAACUGAGCGCUGGUGAAGACAUUAUCCUCCUUGAUAUCCUAUACUCCUCGAUCAAGCUAUAUCUUCCAUCGAUCCUCGAAUCGGCACCAAGCCGCCGAACAAAUGCAUCCAAAGACCAGAUCCGAGAGAAACAAGAGUCUGCCGCACAAAAUCUCACAAUCAUUCUUCCUCAACUUUUAAGCAAGUUUGGCAGCACGCCGCAAGCAGCCUCGUCCAUCCUUCGCAUCGAGCAAUUACUGGACAUUGGAUUGAUCAAUGACCUUCAAAGUGGGGAGGCCACUUUUGCAGGCAUCCUCGACGAUAUUUCAAAGCAGUUCACAUCACACUCGGACAAGAAAGUCCUUGCGGCCGCAAGCGCUGCGUUCCGGAAUGCCAGAAGUUUUGAACAGAGCAAGGAGGCCGCCGAUGCAAAAGUCCAAGAGAUCUGGCAUGAUUCGAUCGCCAGCCUAGCCCGUCUACUCCGAGGAAAAGACAUAGAAACAAGAGGAACGCUCGAGCUACCUCUGUUGGGUGAGGUCGUUAAUACCGUGUUGCGUAUGGCUGAGCUGGCGGGCGUCUAUGAUUGCACACAGGUCAUCGAGGGCAGAAUAGACUCCGCAGCAUCGAAGAAACAGAAAGGCAAAUCAGCCAACCAGCAAGUUCUGCUCGACUUUCUCUUGCACCUUCUGAAACGCGGCGAGCCAGAUGAAGAUACGACAGACGCAUUUGCUGACUUGGAGGAUCAGCUAUGCACCGCACUCCUCGAGCUUUUCUCUCGCUACUUUCGUUGGAAGGUUUUUGGUCUGAAGAAGGCGAUUGAAGCCAACGACAGAUCCUCGCUGACAGCGAGUACGCUCACGAACUUUGCAAUGAUGCGUACCACAUUUUCUUCUACGUUGACUCCAAUCAUCGCGAUGAGAACUCCGUUGGAUCCUGUCCGCUACAACGCCAUCAUCAAUGUGCUCGAGCUCUUUGCACUGUUCACCACGGUCAGGAAUUUUCGGCCUGAAAAAGGCGACCUGGACGAAGAUGUGGAGCAGAACCUCAAGAGUCUGAUCACGGCCGUCCCCGAAGAUCUGAUCAAGGAAGUAAUGAUCACGCACGAAAAGUUGGAGAAAUCAUUCGCGAAGAAAACCCGCCGAAAAAUCGAGCUCGCGGACAAGAAAGGUAAAGGCAAGGACAAGGAGCACGUGGAGGAAGAGGACAUUGAGAAACCACCCGAAGACUCAGAUGACGAAGGCGCAGGCUCUGGCGCGGAAGCUGAUGACUCUGACGAAGGAGACGCCGACACCGUUCCUGAAGGACGCAGUGCAAAGAAGCAAGCAGCGCUCCUCGCGGAGCAGAAUCUCUGCGAGAUCACGAGUAAAAUAAUCUUCGCGGUGGUAGGUGGUGCCAUCAAGGACCGCCAAGUCAAGACCAGGCUCCUGCUGAACCGUACAAAGCUCGGGAAGAACUACACGGCACUACUGGCGUAUCUCGACGACAAGAAGGAGAAGAAGAAGGCAGGUGGUCCGACGGCGGCCGCUAAAGGGGCUGGUGCAGGAGUGAAGAAGUCGAAAGAGGCUGCUGCGUCUGCAGAGAAAGAAAAGAAAAAGGGGCUGUCGGAAACGAGGGUGUUGGAUGAGGACGAUAUCGAGGACGACGAGGACGACGAGGUCAAUGAAGAGGAAGAACAGCAUCGGCGUGAUCUCGAGGAGGACGAGAUCGAGGAUGGCGGUGCUGCCGCUUCUGACGAUGUCGAACCUCGUGAGGAUGCGAAUGAUGAUGAGAUCAUGGGCGACUGA